AUGGCACCGAAUAGUGACGUUUACCACCCUCAAGAUGCCUUGAAAGCAGGAAUCAACGGCGCCUUGAUUUCGGGAUCCGCUGGUGCUUUUGCUUCCGCGAUCCAAAAUACUUUACACAAGAAGAAUAUCGGAGCAUUAGGUUUCAUUACAAGGACAGGAAGCACAGCUUUCAUAAUGACCGCGAUCGGUGGAACAUAUGAAUUCACAAAAUACGCAUCCGCCAACUUGCGAGAGAAGAACGACACUUACAACACUGCAAUUGGAGUCGGAACAACCCCUGCGGUGCUUGGAUUUGGGACUUUGGCGGCGGUUGUGCUUAGUGCAUUCGAUUAUACUGGCGGUGCCCUGUCCGGAUACAAGAGAGAUCCAAAUGUAGAUGAAUUUGAGAGGAAGGAGCAUUUGAGAAAAAACCGAAGGAUACCUAUUGAACAGACGGUAGCAGAAUUGGGCGAAGGAAGAGGUUAUGACGAGAGAAGAAGGGAGAGGAUCAAGGAAAGAUACGGUAUUGAUGUACCAGCUAGAUCUUAA